CCUGCCGUCGCAGUCUGCGUACCCAGUUCGCGAGCGAGUCUGCGCGGUUGGACACUGGGAGCCCGGCUAGCUGUUGAGCCAUGGCGUGGUGGUCGUGGCCCUUGGUGCAGCUGGUGGUGUGGUGCUGCGCUGGCGUGCUGGGGGCUCUGUGGUGGCUCUGGCUCACCAGACUCCGCGUGGACCUUCCAGGGCCGCCCACGGUGCCCAUCCUCGGCAACAUUCUGGAAUUCCGCGAGGAGCCUGUCAAGAUCCGCAACGCGCGAGACUUGCACCGCGAGUACGGAGACUUGAUUAGGUUCUACAUGGGGCCAAAGUUGGUGGUGAUCGUGCUGCACCCAGAUGAUGUGGAGCACGUCUUGCUAACAUCAAAGAUGGUAGACCGCACAUACUUAAUCAGACGUGUCCUCCGGAUGUUCUGCGGAGAUGGUUUACUCACCCUUGGCGGUCGCCCUUGGAAAUUUCACCGAAAACUCAUCAACCCUACAUUCCACUCUGAGCUGCUGGAGGGAUUUCUGGAGGCCUUCCACGAGGGCGGCCUCUACCUGUGCGAGCGCCUGGCCAGCACUGGAGGCGCCGCCACCGAGACCUACAAUCCGGCAUUCAAGGCAGCCCUGCGGAACAUUUACGACACCGUUAUUGGCAUCAAGCAUGACCUGCUGCUACCAGACGACGUGUCGGAGGAUGAGAUGGCUGGCGCCAUGAGUGAUGCCAUGAUCUCCAUAACGAGUAUACUGACGCGCCCGUGGCUAUAUAGCAAGUUCCUGUUGAAGCUGACCUCCAAAGGUCGUAAUGCAUUCAAGGUUAUGCGGAUGCUGGAGGAUGCGACCAUGACCUUCAUCACCAUGAGGUCGGCGACCACAGAGGAGGGGUUUACCAGCAAGCGCAUGAACCUUGUGGAAUCUCUAAUUAAGCCAGGAGGGCAGCCAGUAAUGCCACUCAGCGAGAUUCGGGAUGAGAUCAUGAAUCUGGCGCUGGCCGGCACUGAGACGACGGCUGUGACAAUGGGCUUCGUGCUGGCUCUGCUGGCCCUCCAUCCAGAGUGGCAGGACGCAGCCCAGCAGGAGCUGAGAGAAGUCUUUGGACAGGGCGGCGACUUCCUGCGGGCUGCCAGCGCCGCUGACCUGGGCUGCCUCAAAGUGUUGGAGAGCAUCAUAAAGGAGACGCUGCGAUUGUUCCCAGCCGUCCCAAUGAUGUUUCGGGAUGCCACGAAGGACCUCUGGCUCUCGAGGCUGGGGGUGCUGGUCCCCAAGGGCACCACAUUGGCUUUCAUGCCCGGCAUCACCCAUCGCCUGCCGGAGUUCUUCCCGGACCCACAGAAGUUCGACCCUUCGCGCUUCUUGAAGGACCGUGAUGGCAAGGAGCACGUGUGUAGCUAUAUACCAUUUGGGGUAGGUGCACGCAACUGUGUGGGUUCCCAGUAUGCCCGCCUGCAGCUGAAGGUCUUCCUUUCAAAUGUUCUGAGGCGCUUCCGCAUCCUGCCACAGAGCUGCCGGGAGGAUCUGGAGGAAUGCAUACUUACCGUCAGCCAUCAGCCGGUUAAGCCAAUCAAGGUCUCCUGCGUGCCCCUGCAUGAACACAGCACAUAAGAAUAUCCUUCACACUGCUGAAGUGAAGGUCUUCCUGACCACUACCAUGAGGCGCUACUGCUUCCUACUACACGUACACUUUGUGGAUCUGAAUAAGAAUGCACUCUACAUCAGUCAACACACAGUCAAGAUGAUCACGUCUCUGGCAGGCCUCUGUGAGUUCCCAGCACAUAGGACCAGCCUCAACAGAACUACUGACAAAUAUCACAAGGCCGUUUUCAUUCCUACCACAUAAGUGCUGGAAGGAUGUGGAGGUCAACACUUUCCCCACCAGCCAGCACACCGUCAAGAUGAUAUUGGUUUACCACGUGAUCCUACGUGGGUCCAGCGCACAGGACCGCCCUCUGUCUUGCAGAAGCUGAAGGUUUUCCAGGCCAAUACCCCGAGAGGCUUCAGCUUCCUUCUGCAGGACUGCUGAAAGGACAUGGAGGACAAUGUUCUCUCCACCAUGCUGCAGACCAUUAUGUUUAAACAACUUAAGAGUUUCUAUGGUGAUGCGUGUCUUCCAUGCUGUAAUAUCUCUGCCUGAGAAUCCUUCUAAACCUCCAAAAUCUGCAUAAAUUUCUGCAAAACUCGCUACAGUUAUCAAAGUACUGCCUCCAAAAUCAAAAUGACAUCGUCUUGCUCGCACCUUUAGCUUCUGGCAAGAUCUAUGUGUUUCUUUUUUAAAUAAAUAUGUCCUUAUUGUCUAUAAUACAUCAUCACAUGUCACAGUUAUCAUUAUCUACUUCACACAAAAUAAAAGUGUACACAUCACCAUAAAUCUUUCUUU